AUGAAUGAGGAAAGAAUGUAAUUUGUUGAGUGGAAGAAUGAAAAAGCUAUGUUAUUACAAAAGAUACAAAUUUAGGAAAUGUAUAUACAAGAAGCAAAAGAAAGGGAGGAAAACCUGAAAAAGAUGAAUGAAAUCUUUAUCAAUACCUUAAAUUAACCUUAAAAUGAGAACAUAGUUUAAAAGUUCUAAAAGUCCUUUGAAUAGAGUGAAAUUGGAAAGCAAUAAUAAAUAAUAAAUACUUUGCAAAUUGAGAAUAAACUAUUAGAAAACAAAAUAUAAGAAAAAGAAAAUUAAAUAAAAGCAAUAAUGAAAAAUAAUGAAAAAGAAAUUGAGAGAUUAUAAAAUAAAAUUAUCGAGUUAGAAUAUCUAGUAAAUAACAAGGAAAAUUAUAAUUCUCAAAAUGAAUCUUAACUAAACUCGCAAUAUGAAGAUGAUAGAAUAUAUAUGAGUAGAAAAAGGAAUUAAAGCCCAUCCCAUCCUACUACCAGAAUAAGAACAACAUAGUAAUUACAAUAAUUAGCAAACAAUAAAUUUGAAGAAUAAAUCAUCACGAAGGAUUCGACAGAAAUUGGUGGGUUUUUGAAUAGAAUCAAUCCUCAUUUAGAGAAAUAGAUAAAAGAAAUUUAAAAUAAAUUAUACAAUACAAAAAAGAAAUUAACGACUACAACAGAGUAAGAAAGUUCAUUCAUUCGACAAUCAAUAUAAAAAAUAAAACACAGAUCCCGCAAUCAUUCAAUAUCUGUCAAUGAGACUGGAUUUUGUGACUAAAGAUCUAAUUGGGAUGAUUAAGUUGAAUACAAGACGAAUUAGACAAAUCAAACUAAUCAAUCAUUGAUGUACAAUGGUUUUAGAUUUUCUUGA